CGCGGGGACGCUGCCAGCAAGAGCCGGAGCUGCGGCGAGGUCCGCCAGAUCUACGGCGCCAAGGGCUUCAGCCUGAGCGAUGUGCCCCAGGCGGAGAUCUCGGGUGAGCACCUGCGCAUCUGCCCCCAGGGCUACACCUGCUGCACCAGUGAGAUGGAGGAGAACCUGGCCAACCGCAGCCGCGCCGAGCUGGAGAGCGCACUCCGAGACAGCAGCCGCGCCCUGCAGGCCAUGCUGGCCACCCAGCUGCGGGGCGUGGACGACUACUUCCAGCAGCUGCUGAACAACUCGGAGCGGGCGCUGCAGGAUGCCUUCCCUGGCGCCUUUGGGGAACUGUACACACAGAACGCCCGGGCCUUCCGGGACCUGUACACCGAGCUGCGCCUCUACUACCGCGGCGCCAACUUGCACCUGGAGGAGACGCUGGCGGAGUUCUGGGCUCGUCUGCUGGAGCGCCUCUUCCGGCAGCUGCACCCCCAGCUACUGCUGCCGGACGACUACUUGGACUGCCUGGGCAAGCAGGCCGAGGCGCUGCGGCCCUUUGGGGACACCCCGCGGGAGCUGCGCCUGCGGGCCACCCGGGCUUUUGUGGCAGCUCGAGCCUUCGUGCAGGGCCUGGGUGUGGCUGGCGAUGUGGUCCGGAAGGUGGCCCAGGUGCCCCUGGGUGCAGAGUGCUCGAGGGCUGUCAUGAAGCUGGUGUACUGUGCCCACUGCCUGGGGGUGCCUGGCGCCCGGCCCUGCCCUGACUACUGCCGGAACGUGCUCAAGGGCUGCCUUGCCAACCAGGCCGACCUGGACGCCGAGUGGAGAAACCUCCUGGACUCCAUGGUGCUCAUCACUGACAAGUUCUGGGGCCCGGCGGGCGCGGAGAACGUCAUCAGCAGUGUACACAUGUGGCUGGCGGAGGCCAUCAACGCCCUUCAGGACAACAGGGACUCGCUCACAGCUAAGGUCAUCCAGGGCUGCGGGAACCCCAAAGUGAACCCCCAGAGCCCGGGCCCGGAGGAAAAGCCACACCGGGGCAAGCUGGUGCUGCAGGAGAAGCCCCCCACAGGUGCCCUGGAGACGCUGGUCUCUGAGGCCAAGACCCAGCUCCGCGACGUGCAGGACUUCUGGAUCAGCCUCCCCGGGACACUGUGCAGCGAGAGGAUGGCCAUGAGUCCCGCCAGUGAUGACCGCUGCUGGAAUGGGAUGGCCAAGGGCCGGUACCUGCCCGAGGUGAUGGGUGAUGGCCUGGCCAACCAGAUCAAUAACCCCGAGGUGGAGGUAGACAUCACCAAGCCAGACAUGACCAUCCGGCAGCAGAUCAUGCAGCUGAAGAUCAUGACCAACCGGCUGCGUGGCGCCUAUGGCGGCAACGAUGUGGACUUCCAGGAUGCCAGUGACGAUGGCAGUGGCUCAGGCAGCGGGGGUGGCUGUCUGGACGACACCUGCGGCCGCCGGGUCAACAAGAAGAGCUCCAGCUCUCGGACACCCUUGACCCACGCCCUCCCUGGCCUCUCAGAGCGCGAGGGACAGAAGACCUCGGCCGCCGGCUGCCCCCACGCCCACACCUUCCUCCCACUCCUCCCCCUUGCUCUGGUCCUCGCAGCUGCUGGGCCCCGGUGGCGGUAACUGCUCCACAGCCCAGGGGACUGAGGCCAAGGACAGACUUUGCCAAAACCCAAGACAGACGAUCUCUAAUCCCCCACGGCCUGCAGAGGUUCAGGGCAGGACGGGGGACCGCGGCUCUCUGUGCUGGGCAGGGUAUGCGGGGCCCUGGCCCCCAGGCCUGGCCUCACCUGGCUUUUAAUUUUGUAAUGAGGUCCUCAGGUCAGCUGUGAGCCAGUGUCCCCAAAAGCCAUGUAUUUCAGGGACCUCAGGGGCACCUCCGGCUGCUUCCCCCUCCCCCUCACUCUCUCCCCCCACCACAGAGCCAGCCCCACCCAAGGCCUAUGAGGAGGUGGCCCUCAGAGUGUCCCGCCUGAGACCUCGCACGAGCCUGUGCCUUCCUGUCCUGCUCCUCCUGGCCUCCAACCUCAGAAAGAGAGGCCCAGCCCUCAGCCUCCAGGAGCCUGCGAGCAUCGUCAGGGUCCUGCCCAGGGCCUCUGGGCUUAUGCAUGCUACCUUCCACUUGGCAGGGGCUCUGCAGCUGGGCUGGCCCUCCUGUGCCACUGUGGAGCCCAGUGGAUGGGUCCCCAGGUGGUGCACAGAGGGGUGGCUUCUGGCCUGGCCACUCAGGCACUAACCGCCACACUUCUCUUUGGGGUGGGGCAUGAGCCCCAACACCCAGGGAAGCAGUGUGGCACUCUGCAUUUAGGGGCUUACACAGGCAGGCUUCCAGAGUCUGCACCAGGGACCUCACUUCUGGGGAGCAGCCGGCCCCUACCCUAUCCCACGCAGACAGGGUGACACAGACAAGGCUGUCACCCGGCCACAGGAGUGGGGCUGGCCAGUGGAACUUCAGCUCAGGGCUGGUGAGACCUGGCACUGCAGGCCAGAGGACACCUGGGCUCUCCCGACCCUGGCCAGUGCAGGGGGCAAGGAGUGUGACAGUCAAGGGCUUUCCAGACACGCGCACAUGCACUCUCCCUGUCCCCGCCUCUGAGAGCUGCGCUCAGCCGUCCUGCACAGCGUCAGCAAGGCCUGGGCCCCGCCAGGCUGCUGGUGCGCCCAGCUGACCAAGGCCGUCAGGGCCCUCUCCAUGCCCAGCCAGCCCUCCCUGCCAGGCCCAGAGCUGCAGGCCCUGGGGAGGGGGUGGGGUCAUGAGGGUCUGGGGACCGCUGAGCUGCUGUGGCUGGGAACAGUGGUCUCGACCUCAAGAUGGCCAGAAGCGGCUGAGUGCUUUGCUUUGCUCGCUGGGUCAGGAAGGCCUUCCUCCAAGUGUGUGUGCAGCAUGGCGGACCAGGGCUCUGACCCCUCAUCGCUCUCCUGGCGCAAGACAGGUGUUUUGUGAAAUUGUUCUUAGACGUGUGGGCCCAGACCCUCGCCUAGAGCCAUGCAGGCUGGGGGUGGGAGCCAGCCGGUCACUGGUCAGAGCUCUGAGCAGGUCCGCUGCGUCCUUCCUCCACGACAGCCCUGGCCGCCAGUGCCAGCAGGGGAUGUGUUGAAUCCUUGUAUCAAUAAACGGCUGGAGACCUACAGCAGGA